AUGAACAACUCGCAACCCACAACAUCACUACUCGACCAGGGCGAACCUAUAUCAAUCGCCCAGCUCAGUCCGGAUGUCCCAAGUCAAGACGCACGAGUUAUAAUUGGUACCGUAACUAUCACAUGGCCAUUUAGCAUCCUCAACAAAUCUAUCGCAUUUCUUUUAGCUGAGCGAGACUUUCGACUCCGACGCGAGAAUGGCCAGGUGCGGAUCCGUUUCCAUGGCGCAGCCGCUAGAGCGAUCGCAGAUGCAUCGCUGGGGGCAGGGGAUGAGGUUCGUGUGAGCCUGCAGGGUGUCAAGUGGGAGAAGAACGAGACGCAGACUCAAGUCGCAGGAAGCACUCUUGCAUGGCAGCUCGAAUUCUCAAACCGCUUGGUACUUGGAAUCCGCCGACCUGGAGAAGAACGAGACACAUUGCUCACUAUCGACGCCCCAGACGCGGAGACGGGAGUUACUACCACCAACGGCCAAAUUGAUGAUACUGACCAAGUCGACACGCUUACAUCCGUGCCCGAGCGACCUGCUACACCUACGCCUUUGUCUCCAGAAAUCACCUUGCCUCUGAAACGAACUUCUUCGUCGACUUUGGAUCCUCUUGAAUUCGCUUCGCCUGCUUUCCUCAAACGAGCGCGUGUCUCUUACGGCGCAUUAUUCGAAGGCGAUAUAGACAUGUUAGAUGACGAAGUUGACAGGGCCAAGUCAAAAAAGCGCACACGGUUCAGUCUACCUGCCAACUCUUGGCGUUACACUAGCCGAUCCCCUAGUCCUGAGCCUGAGAAUGAUCAUGAAGAGAAAGAUAAAGAGGAGUCCUAUAUGAGUAGUGUCUCGCAGCGCAAUGGCGAGACAGAAGAUACAGCCAUGAACACACCACCGCGACCGGCGAUGGUAGAUCAAGGCAGUCAAACAGUAUAUGUUGACUUUACUCCAAUGGCCAGUGUGCAGGUUUUGGCUGAAUCCAGACCAGCGUUUGGGUUGACUCAGACGACUCCCACACCGUUUACCCGAACGAGACUGUUUGAAAGGGACGACUCUCUUAUGAACCAGUCUUUACCACUCGCAGAAGACUCGACAACACCACAGGGGAUGCCACAGGGGACAGACGAAUAUUUACUGGGUCAUGCCCCAAGUAACAUGAACACCGAUAUGGCUUUUAGCUUUACCCCACAGACCGUACUCUUUCCUCGGGCAACGGGCUAUUUUUCGGAAGGAAAUACUCGAGAUACUGUAACAAAUUCGCCCAGUUUCGCUUCGAGAGAAGUAGAGUAUCCAGCUGAGUUCCUGGAGACCGAAAAUCUCCCUCAGAAUGCUGUAGAAGCUCUAGCUGGUCUUGCUGGUCAUGAACCACCGUCCUCUUCACCCCAUCCAAAUCCUUUUGGUGCUGAACCAGCGUUUCACCCUACAUUUGCUGCGACUUCACAACCGCCUCAGACUGCUUGGGCUGUAGGAUCAUCCCCUAGACCUCGCUCUGUAGUUGCUAGUAGCGACGCUGAGAAUCCAGUCGAAAUCUUGAGCUCUUCGCCAUUAAGGGAACAAGGGUCGCCGGAGUCUAGUAGAGACCGCCAGUUGUCUCCCUCGCGAGAGAACACGGAUAUGAACACAACCGCGAACGUAUCUCCAGAACCCACACUUGAGGAACCGGCCAGUGAAGCAGAGUAUUAUCGCGACGGUGGUGAUGAGCCUGGCGAUGAUUACGACUUAAGGAAGUACUCCCGCACGCACGACGACGAUGACGACAUAGAGACAUCUGAAGAGGACCCCGAUCUAGAUACCAAUGACCCUGACACACGAACCAUGAACCCCGACGAAGAUGACGGGGAUGGCGAUGAAGAUGUCGUAAAUUCACAGGAAUAUCUUGACGACGAGUACGCUGACACGUACGAGCAACGAUCCGAAAUUGAAGCAGAAGAGUACGAAGGGUCGGAAGGUGAUGCUGAAGGUGAAUAUGAUUCGGAUGAAUAUGAUUACUAUGAUGAAGAUGGCGCAGAAGAGGGAGCAUACAAUCGCCCUCCCACUACCCUUGUUUCUAGGGAGCCCAUUGUCAUCGACCUACUUUCAGAUUCCGAAGAUGAGGAAGCGCCUGUACCAGAGCCAGAACCAGAGACAACAAUGGAUGUAGAGGCCAAAAAUACAGACGACAACUCAGCACCUGGCAUAGAAGAGGCGGAAACAUCACCAAUGUCCAAGAUAGAAGGAGAUUCUGAAGUCCCCAAAACAGAUGGGAUUAUGGCUGAAGAGGAUAGCCAGCGUCUGUCGCGCCGGCAGAUGGGUUCAAUGAAUGAGGGCCAAGUCCCUACAUCUUAUAUUGAAGGCUCAACCAAGAAUGAAGCUGAAGUUACCGAGGCCACCAUUUGUGCAAACAAGCUUCGGGGUGACAAUGAGAUCAUAGACAAAGCAAAGUCGCCUGUCCCCGCAACUGCCCCGCGGAAGUCUCCCAUCGCAGAAGAAUUGCGAUCCUAUGGUUACGAAGUUGGAAAGGAAUUAAAUCCAAUGGAAACGGAAGGAUGCGAUAUCAAUAUGGGGAAUGCCCCUACACUGCAAGAAGAAGCAAAAGGGCACGAGACAGAGGACAUUGCCUCUGUUCGAUCUACUGAGACGAAACCGCUAGACGAGACCGCAGUUGAGCAUGAAGUGACAGUCGAAGCCAUGGACAUUGAUGAACUACCUCGCAGACCUACUCCAACAGCAGAAAUUCUUGAGGCCAACAUCGAUACUAGCGAAGAAGUAGACAUCGCGACAACGGGAGCUCCUCACGAACCAUCUCAACAGCCACAAGAGACCCUAUACGAUGAUGUAGGAUCGUCGAAUUUUUGCAAAACGGUGCCGUUGUCCGGCGAGAGUCAAUCUGUGGCUUUCGAGAUUCAGAAAAAUGUCGACUCUCAGACAUCCCAAGAUCUUAAACAUUCUGAAACACAUGAAAACAUAUCGGACCACUUGUCAGAGAUGGCAACUAACCCAGGUUCUGACAUGGCAAAUGCCUUGUACCAAGUCGACAGGGAUGGUGUUGAGAAGGCAAGCGAUGAGACACAGCCUGAAAAUGGUGGCCAAAUUUCCCCUCCACCAACGCAGAACCCAGAAGUCCAGACCCCGCCAGCAGACAGCAUCAAAUUCUCACAUGACAGCUCUGUCGAACAUCUUCCUACUCCUGGCGGCACACAGCAGGUGAUUGAGGUCGAAACAGUCGACACACUUAGUGUUGUCACUCAUGCCCACCAGAUAACGGAGGAGGAGGAUGAAGGACCAGAGGGUCAGAUCAUGGCCGAAAUAUUACAACAAUCUCCCAUGCGAUCCAAAACAUACCUUCCUACUGAUCCUGCUUUGUCCACAGUAUUGUCGCAAACCAGAUCGCCUGAACCCAUUGGGCCGGCUGAUGGGCCACUUAUAGGAUCUUCCCAAGACACUGAUGCAGCAUCUGAAGUCAUUUUCGCCAAGUCUCUGCGACCUCGGCGACACAGGCCAACUAAAUCAUCAGGUGGUAAUGACCACGACGAUCCUAGCCUGGCGUUUAUCACAGCCACACCCACCUUGAAGACCUCGGACCGUGAAAGUAAGCCUAGCAGUCCAGCCACAUCAAGCAGCAAGACACGAAGUAAAACACAACAGGAUGAUCCCAGCAUCCAAUUGGCAGGUGGCUCGGUGCAGGCAGAUACAAAGAGCAAAGGGAAGAGAAAGGCAACCGACGAUGAGAGUGUUCACAGCGUGGACAACAAUUCACCGGGAUCCCAGCGAGUGCUGCGUUCGAGAAAUGACCACGGCGACCCUAGCAUACUGCUUGCCAAAGGGUCAAGUCCACCGACUCGCCAGACUAGAAGUCAAAAGACGCCAGAUCCAAAGCGAGAAACCCCUAGGCGUGAAACUCGCUCGGUGUCGAGAAGUUUUCACCGGCAGGAUGAAUCCCCGAAUAUGUCGUUCGCCUCGCUCAAGUCACCUUCCAUUGCUGGCUCUACAGCGACUGUGCCUGAAGAAGAGGAUGUCAAAACUCUGAAAAUGCAGCUGGUCAAAAGCCUGCGAACGAAUUUGCCCGACUUUCUGUCGCUUAAGAUGCUCAGCAGAAACUCGAUCGACAAGAUGACGGAUAUUCUUGCUGUAAUAACACAGUCACCGCCUCCUCCACACCGACCGAAGCACGGCCCUCGGGAUUUCAUGCUCACUUUGUGUCUAAUUGAUCCGUCGACCGCGCCGGCCCAGGUACGGGUGGCCCAUAUUUUCCGGCCCCAUCUAACAUCACUACCGGAUGUCGAGAGUGGGGAUGUUAUCCUCCUCCGCCGGGUCAAGGUGGUGUCAAUGAAGGGCCGUGGCUUCGGCGUCCGUUCCGAAGAUGGCUCGUCCUGGGCAGUCUCGAAAUCCAACGAACGAGAAAUUCUUACGCAGGUCAAGGGUCCACCUAUAGAAAUCACCCCGGAGGAGAUCGAAUACGCCAAGGGUCUACGGCAUUGGUGGAGCCUCCAGGAUGACAACGCUAUGGGCAAGAUCGAGACAGCGUCCCGGAAGGUGACCGAGGCAGGUAAAGAGAACGCCAAAUGA